CUUAUCCCAUAUUUGACACAGCUUGCCGUAUUGAUAAGCCUGCUUAGACAAAAAACCCCGCCCUCCGUCACGUAGUGGCCGCAAAGUUCCGCUAACCUUCCGCCAAUCUUCCACCGGUCUUCCACCGGUCUUCCGCCGCUCACUCGAACACGCCACCUACCCCGGCGUUAACCUCUGUCCGGUUGCACAAAUUUCAAUCCACGGCGAUAUAUCCCCCUAAUUAGCCUCCGAAGAGGUGACAAGGAGCCUGUGAAGUUCCGCCUUUCGGUAAUUUGGCACCCGUCUAGUCCGGAUGGAUCCUCCACAGCCAACUUUGUUUAGCCCGCAACGGCGGAAAGCGUGCAUCCCCUGUACUCGUGCAAAGCGCCGAUGCGACAAAUGUCUCCCAGCAUGCCAACGCUGCGUCGAGAAGGACGCUUGUUGCCGGUACCCUUCAAAUCGCCCCUAUGCCCGCCGAGAGGUCCCUCUAUCAAACACAGCAGAGAGCCCCAAAUCAGACCCGAGAGACUCGUUGCUUCAUCCGAGGAUCGGACAGGCAGGCGUUCCAGAAGCACUUGAAAUAGCCCACAAUUCACGUGCAGGCAGAGAUGACAGCGGUGACGAGCCUCCUACAUUGGAUUUGAACAGCCCCGUAAACGACAUUGAAGCUACAACCAGCUCAUGGUUCCUUCGGACGGAAACCUGGGUCAUCGACCAUUCCUACCCCGACCCUCAUGAUAGUCCUAGCAUCCGUCUAUCUGACCUUAAGCACUUUAUUCAGACUGUGAGGAGAUGGCUGCUGCAUUGGAUCCGAGAGAAUCACUGUCCAUUCAUGCAUGGGCAACUAUACACCGACUUAGGGUUGCCUCUAUGUCUGCUGGAUGCCUAUGCAGCUGUGAUCGUUUACCAGUCUAAGAAUGAGAAAAACGAAGAGGUCAUUAUGAGCAUUAUAGAAGAAAAGGCAAACAAACUACUAAACCAGCAACCAUCUCUUGCGGACUCUAAUGUUGAAGCGAUGCCACCUCUCCGAACAGCUGAGCAUCUAGCCCGCGUACAAGCUCUCUUUAUAUACCAGUUUAUCCGCCUAUUCGACGGAGAUAUUCGGCAGCGAGCACAGGCUGAAAUGCAUAUUCCUACGCUAAUAGAAUGGAACAGCAAGCUCUGGGAGUCAGCGAACCUAGAUGCCUGUCUGCAAACCUCAUUUGGCUUCGGUGGGCUGUUCUCUCAAAACUUAAGUAAUGACCGCCAUUACGAGCCUUCGGGAAGACCAUGGCGCGACUGGUUGCUGGCAGAGAGCAUCCGCAGAAUCUGGCUCAUUAGCAACUAUGUGCAGUGCGUGUAUCUGGCGAUGCGGGACGGCCAAGCUGCCUGCAUAGGAGGAAUCACAUUUACGGCACGUCGUGGCCUCUGGGAAGCGCCGUCUGCCGCAACUUGGACGCAGCUUGUCCGUAGUAAAGAUCCGUUGUUUGUGCCGUGUUUCCAGACAGAUCGCAUAAUUCGAUCUGUCUCAGCACUAGAGAUAGACAUAUUUUGCUUGUCGAUUAUAAGUAUUAUGUGAGAUAGGCUGAUCCUCGACUUCUAGGUGUCGAAGUUAGAUACGUAACGACAGCGUCUACUAGAGAGGUAAUAAAGGGAUAUAAGUUUUAUAGAUAUAGAUAGGCA